UUUGCUAAGUCUCACUAUAUCUGUGCAAACAGUCCUUGUAUAUAUAUUUGUGCGGGCCCCUUUCUUCCAACUUGUCCCCAACUUUCCUAAGCCUCCUUAGUCCACUUCUUAAUCCCCCUUACCCAUCCAGUCUUCGGCUGCCCUGACACAAACACUGGCAUGGCUCGCAGCUACGACAGAGGUGCGCGUGCCACCAACAUCUUCACUCCCCGUGAGUGGAACGAGCAGCUGCCGCAUAAAUGGUGUGGCAAGAUUGACGCCGGCCGGAAGGGCAAGCCUAAUAAGGCACAAAAGUGCGAUGACUGCCUCCAGGUCAAGAGACUCAAGGCCAAGGCGGUGCAAAAGAAUGCUUCUCAUGCCAAGAGGGACCGGAUGGCGCUGCUUUGGGGGGGAAGUACCGAGAGCGAGUGGGAGCACCCGACAUGAAGUGAACGGGACGGGCUCAACUAUCUCAUGAUGAACGGCUGGAUCCUGGUUACGCCGAACUAUAUAGGUAUAAAGAGAUACAAGUAUAUACUAACCCACUC